AUGUCGCAGCCGUUUGAACAUUCGCCAUCGCAGGAGCAGUACGAAAACAACAAAGACACUUUCCAGCUGGUCAAGUCAGCAGAACUUGUAGACCAAGAAAGCUCACUGGAGUACAAUACUAGUUCUGCCCUGUCUGUUGACGAUCGUGGUUUAAAACAUGGAUUGAAAGAACGUCAUUUAUCCUUGAUGGCACUUGCCGGAAUCAUUGGACCUGGUAUUCUUGUUGGUGCCUCAAAUGCAUUGGCUGAAGGCCCAGCUUCAAUCUUGAUUGGGUUUGGUGCUAUUGGAAUCAUUGCUUUUUUUAUGAUGCAGUCCUUGGGUGAAUUGGCCACGGUGUACCCAUCAGGAGGUGCAUUUUCUACCUUGGGUAUCAAGUUUGUUGAUUUCGGUUGGGGUGCCAGUGUUGGAUGGAUGUAUGUUAUUAUUUGGAUUGCUGUGUUGAGUAAUGAGUAUAAUUCAGUUGCCAGUAUAUUGCAAUUUUGGGGUCCCCAAGUGCCACUUUAUGCCUAUGUCUUGAUACUUUGGCUUCCAUUCUUAUUGUUUCAAUUUUUAGGUGUUGCCAUUUUCGGUGAAGUUGAGUUUUGGUUAGCAUUGUUUAAGAUUUUAGGAUUGGUUGCUUUUUACAUUUUUUCCAUAAUAUAUGCUUCUGGUGGUAUUAAAGGGCACAAGGCAUUUGGUUUCCAUUAUUGGAAUGAUCCCGGUCCUUUUGCAUCCGGAUUCAAGUCGGUUGCUAGUUGUUUUACAUUUGCUAGUACUUUCUAUAGUGGUACUGAGAUUGUUGCUGUUUGUGCUGCUGAAACUAGGAAUCCAAGUAAAGCUGUCCCCAAUGCUAUUAGACAAACAUUUUGGCGUAUUUUAAUCGUCUACAUGGGAAUUGCUGUAUUUUACGGAAUGACUGUUCCUUACAAUGACGACAGAUUGGGCAAGUCAACCAAGGCUUUGAAAUCGCCAAUGACUAUUGCCAUUCAAAGAGCUGGUUGGGAAGGUGGGGCCCAUUUGGUCAAUGCCUUUAUUGUUGCCGUAUGUGUUUCUGCUAUAAACUCAUCAAUUUACACUGGAUCAAGAGCCAUGGUGCACUUGGCCAAUGAAAAAUGUGCUCCUUCCAUUUUGAAAAGAGUCAACAAGCAAGGUGUGCCAUAUGCAUCAGUCAUUCUUAUGAACUUGUUUGGAUUAAUCUCUUUGAUGAAUCAAAGUACCGGUGCAGCACAAGCAUAUAAUUAUAUUGUCAAUAUUUCCGGUGUUGCCGUGUUUAUUGUUUGGGGAAAUGUUUGUUUUUACCAUAUGCGGUUUAGAAGGGCCAUGAAAUUACAAGGAAGAUCAGUUGAUGAAUUGCCUUAUAGAGGAUUAUGGUACCCAGUUUUACCAAUUGCCGGAAUUGUCUUGAAUAUCUUUUUGGCUUUGAUCCAGGGAUGGUCUUCCUUCAAACCAUUUUCCGGUAAAGACUUCGUGGAUGCUUAUAUCUUGUUGCCAGUAUUUUUCGUGUUUUUCUUUGGUUUCAAGUUUUGGCACAAGUCUAAGUGGGUCAAUUUAAGCGAAGUUGAUUUGGAUGAAGGAAGGAGACAGGAUAGCGAUUUUAUUGAAGACGGUGAAAAGGGUGUCGAUAUUCCAGUUGGUGAAGGACACAAGAUUAAUUGGAAGCCGUGGAAGUUACUUUAG